AUGAAUUCGUAUAACAUCACAAUUCCAACCCUCAUUCCACCAAUACACAAAUCCAACUCCCAUUCCACUUACACACAAAUCAAACCCCCAUUCCACCAACACACAAAUCCAAUUCCCAUUCCACCUACACACCAAUCCAACCCCCAUUCCUCCUACACACAAAUCCAACCCCCAUUCCUCCUACACACAAAUCCAAUUCCCAUUCCACCUACACACAAAUCCAACUCCCAUUCCACCAACACAAAUCCAAUUCCCAUUCCACCUACACACCAAUCCAACCCCCAUUCCACCUACACACCAAUCCAAUUCCCAUUCCACCUACACACAAAUCCAAACCCCCAUUCCACCUACACACAAAUCCAACUCCCAUUCCACCUACACACAAAUCCAACCCCCAUUCCACCUACACACCAAUCCAAUUCCCAUUCCACCUACACACAAAUCCAAUUCCCAUUCCACCUACACACAAAUCCAACCCCCAUUCCUCCUACACACAAAUCCAAUUCCCAUUCCACCUACACACAAAUCCAACUCCCAUUCCACCAACACACAAAUCCAACUCCCAUUCCACUUACACACAAAUCAAACCCCCAUUCCACCAACACACAAAUCCAACUCCCAUUCCACCUACACACAAAUCCAAUUCCCAUUCCACCUACACACCAAUCCAACCCCCAUUCCUCCUACACACAAAUCCAACCCCCAUUCCUCCUACACACAAAUCCAAUUCCCAUUCCACCAACACAAAUCCAACUCCCAUUCCACCAACACACAAAUCCAACUCCCAUUCCACUUACACACAAAUCAAACCCCCAUUCCACCAACACACAAAUCCAACUCCCAUUCCACCUACACACAAAUCCAAACCCCAUUCCUCCUACACACAAAUCCAAUUCCCAUUCCACCUACACACCAAUCCAACCCCCAUUCCACCUACACACAAAUCCAACCCCCAUUCCACCUACACACAAAUCCAACCCCUAUUCCACCAACACACAAAUCCAACCCCCAUUCCACUUACACACAAAUCAAACCCCCAUUCCACCAACACACAAAUCCAACUCCCAUUCCACCUACACACAAAUCCAAUUCCCAUUCCACCUACACACCAAUCCAACCCCCAUUCCUCCUACACACAAAUCCAAUUCCCAUUCCACCUACACACCAAUCCAACCCCCAUUCCUCCUACACACAAAUCCAACCCCCAUUCCUCCUACACACAAAUCCAAUUCCCAUUCCAUUCCCAUUCCACCAACACAAAUCCAACUCCCAUUCCACCAACACACAUCCAACUCCACACUUACACACAAAUCAAACCCCCAUUCCACCAACACACAAAUCCAACUCCCAUUCCACCUACACACAAAUCCAAUUCCCAUUCCACCUACACACCAAUCCAACCCCCAUUCCUCCUACACACAAAUCCAAUUCCCAUUCCACCUACACACCAAUCCAACCCCCAUUCCUCCUACACACAAAUCCAAUUCCCAUUCCACCUACACACCACAACCCCCAUUCCUCCUACAUACAAAUCCAACCCCCAUUCCUCCUACACACAAAUCCAAUUCCCAUUCCACCUACACACCAAUCCAACCCCCAUUCCACCAACAUACAAAUCAAACCCCCAUUCCACCUACACACAAAUCCAAACCCCAUUCCUCCUACACACCAAUCCAACCCCCAUUCCUCCUACACACACCAAUCCAUUCCACCUACACACCAAUCCAACCCCCAUUCCACCUACACACAAAUCCAACCCCCAUUCCACCUACACACCAAUCCAACCCCCAUUCCACCUACACACCAAUCCAACCCCCAUUCCACCAACAUACAAAUCCAACCCCCAUUCCACCAACACACAUAUCCAACCCCCAUUCCACCAACAUACCUUACCAACUAUUCAAACAUUAG